AUGCAGCUCGUUGCAACAACCUGCGCACUUGCAUCUGGCGUUGGCAUGGCCAUGGUGAACCUCGUGUUCGGUCAGUUUAUCACUGUGAUCACCGAUUUCACCACAGGAACAUCUUCGCCCGGAGAAUUUCGCAGCGAAGCAGCACGACUUGCGCUCUACUUUUUCCUCAUUGGCAUCGGUCGAUUUGUGGUCUCGUACGGUUACAGCACCCUGUUCACCCUCGCCGCAUACCGGACCACGCGCAACAUUCGCCAUGCAUACCUGAAAGCAGGACUCACUCAAGAGAUAGCUUACUUUGACUCGGGCAUUGGCGGCUCGGUCGCAGUGCAAGCUACCUCUCAUGGUAGAUUGGUUCAAGCUGGAAUUUCAGAGAAGCUUGGACUCGUCAUCCAGGGCCUAUCUGCCUUCAUUUCAGCUUUCGUCUUAGCCUUCGUCACUAACUGGAAGCUGACCCUUAUCACCGGCUGCAUUGCACCAGCUACUAUCUUCGUGAUGAGCGUAGCAUCCUAUCUAGAAGCCAAUAUUGAGAUCGAGAUCCUUGGUUGGAACGCGCAGGCUGGAUCCUUUGCGGAGAGCAUUCUUGCCAGCGCUCGUACAGUCCAGGCAUUUGCGCUUCGAUCGAGAUUGAUCACAGACUUCAACGCAUACCUCGAGAAGUCGGCCAAGCUUGGAAGAAGGAAGAAUCCUAUUCUGGGAUGCCUAUUCUCGGCGGAAUACUUCAUCCUCUUUUCUGGCAUCGGACUUUGCUUUUGGCAAGCCAUUGGCAUGCUCGCGAGAGGCGAGACUAAAGCACCUGGAGACGUCUUCAUUGUCCUGAUGUCAGUCAUCGUCGCAGCUUCGAGCCUUACCGCCAUUACUCCCUACCUCAUCGAUUUCACCCGAGCAGCUACUGCUGCGGUAGAACUUUUCAGACUGAUCGAUCGGAAGUCGCUGAUAGAUCCGUUGGACCAGUCCGGCGAUCAACCCCAGAACGUCACAGGUAACAUCGAUUUUGAGAAUGUCUCUUUCAGUUACCCCAUGCGACCGGACACCAGGGUCCUCGACAACUACUCACUUCAUAUUCCAGCCGGAAAGACGACAGCCUUGGUUGGUGCCAGUGGCUCUGGUAAAAGUACAAUUGUUGGUUUGCUGGAACGAUGGUAUAAUCCGGCAUCAGGAACAAUCACCCUGGACGGAAGGCCCAUCGAACAGCUCAACCUCCAGUGGCUGCGGAAGCAGAUCCGGCUUGUGCAGCAGGAACCGAUUCUUUUCAGCGGCACCGUAUACGACAACAUCGUGAACGGACUCGUUGGGACGCCAUGGGAGCACGAGCCUCGCGAAGUCAAGCUGGCUCGCGUUCAACAAGCCGCAGAGAUUGCCUUCGCACACGACUUCAUCAAGAAUCUCCCAAACGGCUACGACACAGUCAUCGGCGAACGUGGAGGGCUUUUGUCUGGCGGCCAAAAGCAACGUGUUGCUAUUGCUCGCAGCAUCAUUUCCCAGCCCCGGAUUCUUCUCCUCGAUGAAGCUACUAGCGCGCUUGAUCCCCAUGCCGAACAGGUGGUGCAGCAAGCUCUUGACAACGUCUCAAGAGGGCGAACGACCAUCACGAUCGCACACAAGCUGGCUACCAUUCGAGAUGCUGACAACAUCGUUGUCAUGAAACAGGGUCAGAUCAUCGAACAGGGCACCCACGAUGCACUACUAGCAAUGAACGGCGCAUAUUCUCGACUCGUCAUGGCCCAGGACCUAGCAAUCACCGAGGGACCCUCUGACAGCGCUUCCAAUUCUGACACUAUUGCCGAAGACGAAGACAAGUCUGUCCGCCUCAGUCAUGAUUUGACAAGAUACUCCACCGCAACGCGACUCCGGGCGGAGCAACGGAUCGACAAGGACAACUUCGACAACUGGAAACGUGUUGGAUUUUGUGCCACUGUCUGGCGGCUUUUGCGAUGUACUCCUGAACUCCGAUGGUACUACACUGCUUUGACUGCAGCAUGUUUCAUUGCGGCGGCUGCGUACCCCGGACAGGCUAUCCUGAUGUCAAGGUUUAUCGAGGUUUUCAAGUUCACUGGGUCACAGAUGCAGAAGAAGGGUAACUUCUUCGCCCUCAUGUUCUUUGUUGUCGGCAUUGGGGCCUUUGCGGUCUACUUCGUCAUUGGAUGGUGCUCUAAUACAAUAGCUACAACCUUCAACCAGAAAAUGCGAAGGGAACUUGUGGACAACAUGCUCAAACAAGAUCUUCAGUUCUUCGACCGACCGGAGAACACAACUGGGGCUCUGACAAGCAGGACGGACUCAUACCCUCAAGCUGUGUUUGAGCUCAUGGGAUUCAAUAUCUCUUUGAUUCUUGUGUCGGUUGUGAGCGUUCUCGCUUGCAGCAUUCUGGCAUUGGCAUACGGAUGGAGAUUAGGCGUCGUCAUUGUCUUCGCUGGCCUGCCCCCAAUGCUCUUUGCUGGCUACGUCCGCAUCAGGAUGGAGUCUGCUAUGGAUGCAAAGAUAUCAAAGAGAUUUUCUUCCAGUGCCUCCAUCGCAUCCGAGGCCAUUACUGCCAUUCGCACUGUCUCUUCCCUGUCCAUCGAGAGGUCUGUUCUCGAAAGAUACACAAGGGAGCUAGAUCACGCCAACCAUUUCGCUCGGAGGCCGAUAUUGCUCAUUAUGCUGCCUUUCGCCUUCACACAGAGUGUUGAAUAUGCUUUCAUGGCUCUCGGAUUCUGGUAUGGCUGCCGUCUGGUAUCAUUCGGCAACAUGAGCACGGUCAAUUUCUUCGUUGCCUUCUUGGGCGUCUUCUUUUCUGGACAACAGGCCUCCAUUCUCUUUGGCUUUUCUAGCAGCAUGACGAAAGCUGUCAACGCAGCUAAUUACCUUUUUUGGCUCUCCGAACUGAAGCCAUCGAUUCGGGAAACUGAUGAGAAUGCAUGCGUUGGGCCCUCGGACUACUCAACAAUGAAGCUUGAGCGCAUUAAGUUCUCUUAUCCUUUGAGAUCUGAAACAAAGGUCCUACAGGGUGUCGAUCUGUCGAUCAAGAAGGGACAAUUCGUGGCCUUUGUCGGAGCAUCUGGAUGCGGAAAGAGUACUAUGAUUGCCAUUCUCGAGAGGUUCUAUGAUCCAGUCAGCGGUCAUCUGAGGGUUGAUUGUGUUGAUGUUGAUCGGAUGAACCCGUGGCUUUUCCGAAAAGACAUCGCACUCGUACAGCAAGAGCCUGUCCUUUAUCCAGGCACCAUCAGGCACAAUGUCUCCAUGGGUAUUCCGACAGAAGACCCGUCCACCAUUUCCGAUGGAAGCAUCAUCGAAGCCUGCCGUAUGGCUAAUGCAUGGGAGUUCAUCAGCUCCCUGCCCGAAGGUCUCGAUACUCAAUGCGGAGCCAAUGGCACUCAGCUUUCUGGUGGCCAGCGCCAGCGAAUCGCCAUCGCCCGUGCCUUGAUCCGCAAGCCUCGUGUACUGCUUCUCGAUGAAGCAACAAGCGCAUUGGAUACACAAUCAGAGCGCAUUGUGCAAGAAGCGUUAAACCAGGCAGCUUCGCCUGGUGAGCGGAUUACCAUCGCUGUGGCGCAUCGGCUGUCAACCAUCAGACACGCUGAUGUAAUUUGUGUUUUCCACGGCGGUCGAAUCGUUGAAAAAGGUACCCAUGAGGAACUUUUGGCAAAGGGUCCUCUGUACAAGAAGAUGUGCGAGGCCCAGAGCCUUGGAACCUAG